UCCCCUUAACUCACCUAUUGUCAAACCUCUCCACCCUCAAAACAUUCCCUCUUUCAUCCAAACCUCACCUCCAAUUCCAAACCCAAAGCACAAGCACAACCAAGAAGAAGGAAGAUGGCAAGGCCAAAUCGAACGCUAUCAGCCAGCCAGAGUUCCAGUGGAUCUCCCCCGGCCGAGCACGCUCACGGGGCACGCCAAAACCGAACCUUAUACGCUGUUCUCUUGGCCCUCAACAUACUUCUCAUCCUUCUCUUCUACUUUGGUAUCUGGCGUUACUGUAGGAAGGACCAGCGAGUAGGUGACACCAACGCUGCCGCCGCCUCUUCCUCCGCUCCCAGCGCUCCCAGUCCUUAUGCUAGAAACGGGAGGCUGGAUUCCCGAGUCCUCUCGUCGUUGCCAAUCUUCGUGCACACCGUCGGCGGCGAGGAGAAGACGGAGUGCGCUGUGUGUUUGAUGGAGUUCAGGGAGGGCGAGAAUGGCCGGCUGCUGCCGAGGUGCAACCAUCGCUUCCAUACGGAGUGCGUCGACAUGUGGUUUCAGAGUCACUCAACCUGCCCUCUUUGCCGGGCUUCAAUCGAGUUCAGUGCUCCAGAUUCUGGCGCGGCGGUGUGAGUCGUGCUCUCGACUCCGCCGGUGAGCAAUCGUACGUUUGACUUAAGCUCUUUCCGGUCCUGGAAUUGUUCUGUAGAUUUCUAUUUUUUUCCUCCUUUUUCUCUGGCGCACAAGAACAGACGGCUGUAAAACGGGCUUGCAUCUUAGAAACUUGUUGGGCAUCAACGGUAACGGGAUUACAUUGUGAAUUGAUUGUUUUUUUUUUUUGUGUGUUAUUUAAAAAGGUUUCUUUAUAAAGAAAGAAAGG